GGCUGGGAACCAGACUAACAUAUUUUCAUGUGGGCAUGCACGUGAGCUGUAGCUACAUAGAAUGUAACAGAAUAUUCACAGCUAUCAAAUUGGGGGAGGGGGCACCGGAGUGGUCAUGGGCAUCCGCCGCCGCCGGGGCACCCCCCGUAGUUAUGCCACUGUUUGUGAAGUGCCACCAAACCCACCAUACAUAACUCCUUUAGUUACUGCAAAUAUGAGCAUGUCCCAAUCUUUAUGUGUUUCCCGAACCGGACUACGAGAAACUUGUCGGGAUUUUGGAUACAGUUCCGUGGACUUGAUAGCCUGUGCACAAUGUUAACCCCACGAGACCGGUCUGAAAAUGUCUAUUAUUUUCUGAGAUAAUACGUCGAUAGUUUCCCCGCUAAAUUUGACUUUGUAGCACAUGAUGAUCUAUCCCUUCAGGCAAAAAUGAGUGAUAUCCGUAUAAGGCGUUCGUGCUCAGCGGGAACUCGACAAUAAAGACCCACCUUACAUUCCUUCCCUUUCUUGUGGGACACUGUUAAGUUUUUUUACCACCCAUAGCAUCACUGCAGACUUGUUUGCACAAGCCGUGAUAGGUCAAAGAUACAGACCUCGCGUUGAAGGGGAUGCUUUUCAUACCAACCUUUGGACUUUGCGUACGGGUAAACGAACAAAUGCUUAAUUUCCGACGACGGCAUGCAUUUACUUCUCUCGCCACAACGCGUCUGAUUAAGGCCAUGUACUACACAAAGCCGGUCUGCGAAGGAUCGAAUCUACCAGGUAAAUUGGGAGCGUAGAAAAAGCUGAAAUUCGUACAUCCAGGCCGAGAUGGUACAGCGCGGAUACUAAACGGACUCCUGUGGUUUGUCGAAGCACAAGAUUGAUAAAAAUAAACUUUGGGAAGACAACUCCACCCGUUCAUCUCGGGAAGACUCCAUGUUCUCGUGAUUCACGUUAUGCUGGCUGAGGCUCAAUCCUGGCCAUGCGUCGCUCCAAAAUUCGCAAGGGUGCCACGGCGGUCGGUGUCUGCGUGGCCGUUUCGUUAAUUUGCUGGACUCUAUCUGCCUCAGACCAACGGCUAGUUGCCAAGACAGGUGCACGCUCUUGGGUCAAGUUGACGGGGCGGAAGCUUCUCAUGCCCAUUGGACUUUUCGACUCUAUGUGCGACAGCUCAGGGGCAAGGGACCUCCCGGAGUUCGGCGGAGGAUGCUACCUCCGCGACAAACUUACCUGCAACGGACUCCCCGUCAUUCAUUCGGCCUUCGCAGAGGCUGCGCGGAACGAGCUGGUCUUCGUGGGCGUCAAGCGGCGAGACGACGCCUGGGAAACGGAGACCUUCAUCUGCGAGUUUCCCAACGGGGAGGCAAGCCUCACCGACCCUAUCGUGAGGGACUACCGGAGUUUCGGCAACGGCUACCCCCAGUACCUCGUGGUCAUCACUUGCCCGAUUCCGCGUGGCCUCGCAGACGCAAUUAGCAGGCGGCACAUCAUACGGUUCACGGUGAACUUUCGCCUGGCGAGGGAUCCAAGGUACGCUUACACCGGCGUGCCGGUGUGCCUCACGGAGCCGGUGAGGCGUGAACUCACCCUCUGCACCAUGGUCAAAGACAUGGCGAAGUACAUCCCUGACUGGAUGUUCUACUAUAAGAAUCUGGGUGUGGAGCAUGUCUACAUCUACGACAACGACCCAAGUUCCAACAUGCACCAAGAUCUCGAGGAUUACGUCAGCACGGGGUUUGUGACACUAGUACCGUGGGCGCACACACCAAGCCCGGACAAAACAUACCUCGAGGUACAGAUAGCCCACGAAAAUGACUGUUUGUGGCGCCAUCGCCAUAACACGAAGUGGGUGCUAAAGGUCGACGUGGAUGAGUUCGUCCAGCCCAUGGACCCCAACCGGACCAGGAUCACGGACUACCUCUCCUCGCCUCGCCUCGCGUCCAUGGCCACCAUACGGAUGCGGAACUGGUUCUUCGGUCGGCCCCUCAACGCCAAAAGGAAAGUGGUGGCGGCUAGGACGGUGUUCGAGAGGAACCCAUGGCGGGUGCCCAGCGCCACGCCGGAGAAUCGCGGCCGCGACAAGUGCAUCAUCCGCCCCGUCAACGUUCACUACUUCAAGAUUCACGGGGUCAAGAUCGGGGGUGACACGCUGACCCUUGACCCCGAGACAGAGUUCAGACUUGUUCACUAUCGCAAGGACAAUCCACGACAUCGAGGAUUUCGCAUGCGAAACUUGGUGAAAGACACCAGCAUGGUUAACUUGUGGGAUAAAAUGACGGGUGGUAGAGUCGUGUCACCAGAACUAUUCACAUAGCAUAUACAAAACGGUUCCCUGGGAAUCUCGAUAUAGACCAAGGAGAGCACAAUUUUCUUAGUAACAGAGGCUCCUUUGGUCGGAACUGAGCUUCGCUGGUUCACGAGCGACAAGGGAGUGCAGGCGUUACGGUAGCAUCGCUAAUUCGCUACCAAUGAAAUAAGCACUACCGACCAAUAUGGCUCUUUCCAAUGACGGGGUGCUUCUGGUCGAGGCGGACAACCCAUUCAUUAAAAUAUGCAACAUAUCACAUGCAUGCAGCUAUAAUAAAUAGAUAUCUUUUCUAUUGGAAUUUUCA